UCGAGAAUUUCCAGCAGAUGAGGCAGUGGCAACUUGAGCUGCUUGUUGCGGAGAUCCGGGACAGCGGAAAAGGCAGUCUUAUUUACCGACUAAAAAAGCUCCUCCCCUACCCUCCGUUAGCUAAUCAAAAAAUUUCCAGGGACGUAGCCAUCACCAGUUGUAUCCUUUGUCUUGAAGACACUCUGUUGUUAUUCCAUUGAGCUUUCGGUCCCUGCUGCCUCCUUUGGAGUUAUGUCAACAGCUGCCCUCAUUACUCUGGUCAGAAGUGGCGGGAACCAGGUGAGGAGGCGCGUGCUGCUGCGCUCCCGCCUGCGGCAGGAGGACCGGCGGGUGUCGCCCGCCCGCCACGGCUCCACCUCAGACCCCCGCUGUUCUCGGUUUGACCCCGACGGCAGCGGGCGCCCGGCCACCUGGGACAGUUUUGGGAUCUGGGAUAACCGCAUCGAUGAGCCCAUUCUGCUGCCACCCAGCAUUAAGUACGGCAAGCCGAUCCCCCAAAUCAGCCUGGAGAACGUGGGCUGCGCCUCGCACAUCGGCAAGCGGAAGGAGAACGAAGACCGUUUCGCCUCGGCCCGGCCGACCGACGAGGUCCUGUACUUCGCCGUGUUCGACGGCCACGGCGGACCCGCGGCUGCGGAUUUCUGCCACACCCACAUGGAGAAAUGUGUUGUGGAUUUGCUUCCGAAGGAGAAGAACUUGGAAACUGUGUUGACCUUGGCUUUUCUAGAAAUAGAUAAAGCCUAUACGAGUCACGCCCAGGUGUCUGCUGAUGCAACGCUUCUGACCUCUGGGACUACGGCCACAGUAGCCCUGCUGCGAGAUGGCAUCGAACUGGUUGUUGCCAGUGUUGGGGACAGCCGGGCUAUUCUGUGUAGAAAAGGAAAACCCAUGAAGUUGACCACUGACCAUACUCCAGAAAGAAAAGAUGAAAAAGAAAGGAUCAAGAAAUGUGGUGGUUUUGUAGCUUGGAAUAGUUUGGGGCAGCCUCAUGUAAAUGGCAGACUUGCCAUGACAAGGAGCAUUGGGGAUUUGGACCUUAAAACCAGUGGCGUGAUAGCAGAACCUGAAACAAAGAGGAUCAAGCUACAGCACGCUGAUGACAGCUUCCUGGUCCUCACCACAGAUGGAAUUAACUUCAUGGUGAACAGUCAAGAGAUUUGUAACUUUGUCAAUCAGUGCCACGAUCCCCACGAAGCAGCCCACGCGGUGAUUGAACAGGCCAUACAGUAUGGGACGGAAGAUAACAGUACCGCAGUCGUGGUGCCUUUUGGCGCCUGGGGGAAAUACAAGAACUCUGAAAUCAACUUCUCCUUCAGCAGAAGCUUUGCCUCCAGCGGACGGUGGGCCUGAUUGCUGGCUGGGACUAUUGAGUUUCUGUGCAAUGAUUUUUCACCUGAGCAUGUCAAAAAGAAAUCGGUAAAAAUCAAAAAUCUCACCUGUGCACAUGUGAACCUGUGACACACUAGAUCAGUACACAAGUCAGUGUAACUUAAUAACCACUUACAUAGUAGCUCUUUCACAAAUACUCAUUAUAUUUAGGCUUAACUGUAAAUUCUCAGUGUAAUUAUGUGCGUGAUCAGCUGUUCUGAAUGUCCGAGCUGAGUGAGCACACAAGAAGUGAUUUGGAUGCACUUGAAGAGAGUAUUAAAUUUCUGAUUUUUAAGACUCUCAGGCAGCUAUGGGUUUGUUUAUUGUUCUUGUUCUUUUUUUAAUUUCAAAUUAAUAUGACGGUACACAUUUUUAGGUUACAUUUUUAAUUCUCCUUUUGUUCUUUGUUCAUUUGAAUGUGUUCUUCAAGUUCUUCAAAACUAGUUAGCUCGACAGCUUUUCAAUGUGUUAGCUGAAAGGUUUUAUUUUUAUUUUCUUCCAUGCUUCCCUAUAACUAGGAUGCAAGUUUUUUAUUUUCAAUAACUAUACUAAGAAGUAAGUUGGAAAACUGACUUCUCUGUUACCAUUUGUAUUUCAUAUUCUGGACCACUUGUCGGUAACUAUAACUAUGCAAAAUAAAUCAAUUCAGAUAUUAUGACAUUGCUAAAUUGUAUACAUAUUUAUAAACAGCACAGUUGGGUAUUUCAACUGUGUCACCAGCCCCGUGCCUAUGCAUUCCUAUUUUUCUGUAGUUAAGAAUGGGGCAGCGCCUGUGGCUCAGUUGGUAAGGCGCCGGCCCCAUAUACCGAGGGUGGCGGGUUCAAACCCGGCCCCGGCCGAACUGCAACCAAAAAAUAGCCGGGCGUGUGGCGGGCGCCUGUAGUCCCAGCGACUCGGGAGGCUGAGGCAAGAGAAUCGCUUAAGCCCAGGAGUUGGAGGUUGCUGUGAGCUGUGUGAGGCCACGGCACUCUACCGAGGGCCAUAAAGUGAGACUCUGUCUCUACAAAAAAAAAAAAAAGGAAUGUUGUAUAGCAGUAUAUAGCGUGUGACUAUUCCUUAAUACCAGAAAAGAAAGCACAGGCUAAGAGUCUUUUGGCCAAAAUGAUAGAAAGUUGAAUACUGAUUGAUUGUAUCAACUAUUUUGUAUAAUGUGUUCAUUUGUUUUCUCUGCUUCAUGUUUUGUAUAUGGUAUGUGUAUAACACAUUUUUGUAUAAAGUGAACAAGUUGAAUAAUUUGCGGGUAAAAAUAACACCACACUGAUAAUAGACAUAGCUUGAGGCUUCUGUCUCCAUUUUGCUCAUUUUUAAGAUGUGGAAGAAAGAAUACAUCUAAAACAAACAUUAAAACAUUCUAUAUUUCAGCUUGCUAUGUAAAGUAGGAGUAUAAAACUAUACUUCUUUUUACCUGCACGUAAGUUCUCUCUUAAAAUGUGAAUUGGUAAAUGUGUGCUUGAAAUUGUACUGCAGUUUAUUUCUGCAAACUCCAUAAAUGGGUUUGUGUGUGUGUGUGUGUAUACAUAUGUAUAUUUUGGAAUAAUCUAAAAUUGAAGGGAACAAUUCUGCAUAGCUCCUUCACUAGUUAGCUCUAAAUUAUUGAUACAUUGAUCUCUAAGGAUGCUUGGCAGACUGAAGUUAGUUUUCUUAUAGUGGAGAACCAACCAGUGGUUAUCAGCAGAUGAGGAAAUAGGUGAAAAAAAGCUCAAGGAGGUAUUUUAUGGUAGUUAAUUUAUCGGAAAACCUAGGAACAGAGCCAGCAUGUUGAAGCUACAUUGCGAUAUGACAAUUUGUGUAUAAAAUAAUAGCAUGGCAGAAAAAUGAUGAAUGUUAAGGAUGACAUGGAAUUUUGUGGUUGCAAAAAAGAAAAAGCAAAAAGAAAAAGUUGACAUAGACUGUGCCUUCAACUCUCAGUUUUCAGAGUUGCCUUUUUUCUUCUUUAAGAUCAAAAGAUUUAUUAGGAGGAAGGGCCCAAUGUAAAUAGUCACAUCUUCUGGGCGGCUCCUGUGGCUCAAAGGGUUAGGGUGCCUGCCCCAUAUACCAGAUGUGGUGGGUUCAAAUGCAGCCCCGGCCCAAAAAAAAAAAAAAAAAAAAAAAAUUCACAUCUUCUAACCUUUCUUGGAAUGGAAAAAAAAAAUUUUGCAUUUUCCCUGCCUUCGUGAGUCAGGAUUUGUCCUUAAAAAAAAAAAAAAAAAAAAAAAGUGGCUUGACACCUGUGGCUCAAGCUGCUAAGGCGCCAGCCACAUACACCUGAGCUGGCAGGUUCGAAUCCAGCCCGGGCCCACCAAACAACAAUGAUGGCUGCAACCAAAAAAUAGCCAGGCGCUGUGGCAGGCACCUGUAGUCCCAGCUACUUGGGAGGCGGAGGCAGGAGAAUUGCUUGAGCCCAGGAGUUGGAGGUUGCUGUGAGCUGUGAUGUCACAGCACUCUACCCAGGGUGACAGCUUGAGGCUCUGUCUCAAAAAAAAAAAAAAGUGCUAAAUAAAUAUAUAUAUAUAUAUAUAUAUAUUUUUUUUUUUUCAAGGAAGUUAGAUGAAAGGAGGAGAAACAUCACAGGAAAGAUGAUAGUUUCCUGUUCAUUGAGAGACAAGCAACUAAAGGGGGAUUUAGUAAAGCUGAGAACUUCCUUACUCUGAGUCAGGUCUUAGAACAGAAACAUGAAAGCUGCACUGAGAAGCAUGGCGAAUUUCCAAACUCACAGACAAGGAGAACUCUAUAGCACAAAAUGACAUUCAAAAGAUGCAGAUUUCAUGUUUGUUUUGAAUUCUUCACAUGACUAUUCCUCUUUUACUCUAAAACUGAGGUUGGGAGUGAUGGUAUCAGGUUCUGAGGCCUGAGGGUCAGUGAUGGAUUGAGCUAGAUUGCCAGGUGUGACAAGGAAUGUGUAAGAUGGUGACCUGGGGUGGACUUGACUGUUUCACCUCAAAGAGUUUUUAAAAGCCUAAGCCAGUGAAUUUUGACUAUGUAUAAAAUAUACAGUGCUGGUGUUUAUGUUGUUCAAGCCAUAAAAUUACAGCAUAAUUUAAAGCAUAGAUUACUGUAAUUCAUAGAAGAUAAGCAUACAUCUAUUAGGCUUCUAUUACUGGAAAUUAUGCAAAUAGUUUUUAAAAGGGACUGUUCUAAAUGGAGUUUUUUAGUUAUAACUGAAUUUGCCAUGUGUGUAUAGAUAUAGUGUAAAUUAUAUUAAUGAAUAAGACAUAUCACUGUAUUUAUCUUUGUCUUUCAUUUAUGUGUAAAAUAUAAAUCAUCUUUCUGCUAUGUGUUGCCAAACUACUUGCCACCAUCUGACGGAAUACCUUAAAAUCAUUGUGAUUUUCCAUAAGUCUUUAAUCACCUUAUAUCUUCAAAGUAAACGCAGUCCUGCUCGCCAUCAGGUUUUUGUUGCUUGAGUACUUCAAAGUCUUGUGUAUUUUUCUGGGGGAAAAUUCCGUUUUGAAGGGAUCACCUUUGAUUCUUUAUGCUCUAUGAUAUAAAUGUUCCUUAUAUUCUUACAUUUAAAAAAUUCACUGAUUAACACAUGAUUUAAAAGAUAGAAAUUCUUUUUUAAGUGAAAUUUGAUGUUUUUUUCUUCUUUUUUUAGCAUCUUGGCAGAGAAUCCAACUCCUCAAUAUCAAACAGGGCAUUUAGUUUCCUUUCUAAGAAUGGACAUAGAUUUUUGAUAGUAAGAAAAUGUUUCAAGGCAGCAGGAAGUUAAAGUUUAGCAUUAAACAGUUCAACACAAACAUGAAUUUUUGGUAUUUUUUUUUUAGCACCUCCUUGGUUUUUGUAUAACCAUAUCAAUAAAAAGAGGCAUGAGAUUGUGGUUGGGUUACAUUUCAUUGUCUUUAUUAGAUUUGCUUAGAGACGACGUAAGCAAAAAUAAAGUGAUGUCUUUACAAGGCAAACAAGCCAAAUUGUGAUGUCCUGCCUGCUGCUCUUGGCAGCUGGGAUGAGAAUGAGGGACUCUCUGGCAGCUCCUGUUGGUCGUUAGUUGAAACGGCCACCCUGAGUGUUCUAUCUAGGCUGUGAUAUCGUGGAAUUCUUCCUCCAUGAAUGACUUAUCUGAAUUGAAUUCCAGUACAGAAUUUAGUAACCAGGAGUGUCCCAGAUUAAUUUAAUUUCUACUGAAGUGCUCUUCUGCAUUUGUUAUUUACCAAAGUACCGCUUGGAUGUAUAGCAACUCUUGUAGAGAGUGCUGUAAUUGCUGCUUUGACUACUGUUUUUCAAUGUAUGCAUUAAGAGUGACUGUGAGCAGACUAAAGUCACAUAUCUCAGUGUUUGAAAAAAUCAUUCUAAUAAAAUUUGCGUAUG